AUCAGAUGGGAAAGCUUGGCUGAGAUUGGAGGUCACUGUAGCCUGGGCGAGAUAGACUGCUUUUCACAUGCCCCCCCCUUUUUUCUUUCUAAGGGCGAUCUUUAGUUAUUGCUCCGAGCGUGGAGCUCUUCUUGCCACCUACACUACACAUUGUGCUCAAAACUUAAAUCGGAUUAAAGAUUUGCCAUGCCUUUCUGUGCUGGGCUCUGGGGCCCCUUCACCCAUGCAAGCAGAACACUCAGCCAGCGUAGUUUCAGCACCACUGGGAGCCUCAGUGCAAUUCAGAAGAUGACGCGGGUCCGUGUGGUGGACAACAGUGCCGUGGGGAAUACACCAUACCAUCGCCCUCCUCGUUGCAUCCAUGUCUAUAACAAGAAUGGGGUGGGCAAGGUGGGCGACCGAAUACUACUAGCCAUCAAGGGACAGAAGAAAAAGGCCCUCAUUGUGGGGCAUCGCAUGCCCGGUCCCCCGAUGACCCCUAGGUUUGACUCCAACAAUGUGGUCCUCAUCGAGGAUAAUGGGAACCCUGUGGGGACCCGAAUUAAGACACCCAUCCCCAGCAGCCUACGCCAAAGGGAAGGUGAAUAUUCCAAGGUGCUGGCCAUUGCUCAGACCUUUGUGUGAGCAGGGCUCAGGCCGUUGGCUGUGGUAGGAAUCAUGGGAGGGAACCUGGGGCCUGUGGCUGGGGAAUAGUGUCCGAUGAAAAAAUAAACCCUUUCAUGUA